AUGCCGAGCUCAUGUAAGGAAAUAAGAGCCGCCCUGGCGCAAUGCCUCCAGGAGUCCGAGUGCGUCAUGGUCCAGCGAAACUCGGCCGCUGACUGCCUCCGGUCACCGCUCGCCGAGACGCUCCCCACGAAGUGCCAGCAGCUCAAGAAGGGGUUCGGGGAGUGCCGCCGCGGCAUGAUCGACAUGCGCAAGCGCUUCCGGGGCAACCAGCCCGCGGCCUUCAAGAACCUGCAGGAGAGCGACGCCACGGGCGACGGAUACCAGCUGUACGCCGGAAAGUCUGCGUUUGGUGGCACCAGGGGCGAGACGGCCGGCGACGGCAAGGCACCGCCGGACUGGAGGGAGCUGGAGAACGAAAAGUACCGGAAGGAACUCGAGUCGAAGAAGCCAUGA